UUUGUUAGGUGAUGUUGGCAUCAAUUUCCAGCAGUAGCCAGUUCGUUGCCAUAAAGAUGAUGAAGAAGGAGUGGCAGAGAAAAAUAGCCAUCAGCAGAGAGCUCAGAAUCCUGAGACUGGCUGCUGGGUGCCCUUUCCUCUGCCAUUCAUACGCAGCUUUCCAAACGCAGCUGUAUGCCUAUAUGGUAAUGGAGUAUGCCAGCGGAGGAAGCCUGAAGCAAGUCAUCAACCGCAAAGGCCAUAUGGAGACAGAUGUAAUAACAUUCUACACAGCAGAAAUUGUUUGCGGCCUGCAAUUUCUCCACGCUAAUGGUAUUGUCCACCGAGAUAUCAAAACCGACAACAUCCUGAUGACCGGCGAUGGACAUAUCAAGAUAGCCGACUUUGGCGUGGCGGUUGAGGACAUGUUUGGCGGGAGGAAAAUUAAAGGCAGGACUGGGACAUUGAAAUAUAUGGCCCCAGAGGUCCUGGACAUGAAGGCCUAUGAUGUCGGAGCAGAUUGGUGGUCCCUCGGGAUUGUCAUCUGUAAAAUGGCCAGCAAAACAGAUCCUUUCUCCGAUGGCUCCCACGGAGACAAUUAUACAUCAUCUGUUAUUCAGGACGAGCCCAUUUUUCCAGAAGGGCUUAGCUCAGAUUUGGAAGAUCUUCUGCGAAAGGUAAGGAUUUUGAGAGGAGGUUCCUAG